AUGCAGCCCCAGCGACGUCCGCGUGAGUCCCUCACGCCCCAGCAGCUGCGUGAGUGGUACGCUGGUUGGGGUUGUAGGGGUGGCGGCGCUACUACUGCUACCACUACUGCUGCUACUACUACUGGUGGCGGCCAGAUGCAGCUAAAGCGACGCCCACGCGCGUCUCUCACGCCCCAGCAGCUUCGUGAGUGGUACGCUCAGAGUGGAGGGUCUCUUAGUUCUGUUCGCUGCUCUUACGUGAUUCGCACUGGUGCUCGGACUGGUCAGCCUUGUGGGACACCUAGUCACACGCAGUCCCAGUACUUCGCCCGUCUGAGCGACGCCUGGCGUACCGCGUUUGGCAACGAGGCUGAGCUCCCCGACUGGGUGGAGUUGCUUAGGCAGAGGAUAGAUAUAUUUGCUCUUGACUAUGAUGCUAUUCUCACUGCCAUGUAUGCAUUGCCUACUAGUGCUGACCGUGCCGGUCACCUGUGCGUACCGCCUGACCCGGGUAUAGAGCCUGCUGCUCUAGCUACUGGUGAGGCUGCUGCUCUGGGUGCUAGUGAGUCUCCUGCUCCAGGUACAUGUGCGGCUGCUACUCUAGGUGCUAGUGAGUCUGCUUCCUCAGGUGCGGACCGCACCACACUCACGCCGCUUGGUCGGCUAGUUGCAGUCUCUCUGGCAGACCCCUCUGGGGGUCCUGUCCUUGCUCACUUCUCCACUGUCCUCCCGUGUCCGGCGGCCCCCUCUGGCACCCUGUCUGGUCUUUACCUCCCCUCGUUCUCUACGAACUUGGUAGCUGCGUCGGGACUCUCCUCUGGCACCACCGACUUGGUCACCCUCCCUGCUUCGUCUCCGAAGCAUGGCCUCUUCGUGUCCUUGUCUCUGGUCUUCCCCGGUCCCUCCCUCCCCUUCCUCUGGGGCCUGGCCCUACCUCUGUUCCCUGUGUAG